ACGUAUAGUUUUCUCUUCAGUGUCUCGAAAGAGAGUUUUGGAAUUUAUGAUAGUGUCGAAAACUCAUCAUAAGUUAAAUAUUUACUAUUUUAAUAUUCAAGUGCUAUACAUUUUAAGUAUCAAAUAUUUUUCUCAGCUACUAUUAUUUAUUUACUUAACGAAAUAAUUGCUUAACAUAGAACAUUUGUUGCUGGACAAUGGACAUGGACAUUGCAGCCACUUCACAUCAAUUAUUAAUUUGAGUAUCAAUCGGUGUCUAAUUAAAAAAAGACAUCAGAUUAAACAAUAUCAUUUAAAACAAACGGUAGUCAAUUCAGUGAUGAUAAUGAUGGUGGUGAUGAGUUUAUUAUCAGUUAAAAAUGAUAAUAAUAAUAUCAUAAAUAUAUUUGUAUAUGUUUUCUUCUGAUUUUUACUUUGUGUGCCUUCACACUUGAGAAUUUUUGCUUAUAAAAAGACAAAUUGAAGAUCCACCUCUUUCAUUCCUGCAAGGUCAGCAGAAGAUAUAAUUUUAUUAUUGAAAAAAAUAUUAAAUUAAAUUAUAAUCGAUAAUUUAAUUUAUGGACAAAGGAGAUAGUACUUUAUUGAAAAAACCUAAACCAAUUAUGGAUCCGGUCAAGAAAUAUCGAAUUUACAUGGCUGCACUUAGUGCUAACAUGGCGUAUUUUUCGCUGGGUACAGUAGUUGGAUGGAGCUCACCUACGAUUCCAAGACUAAGAGAUCACACUUGGGAUAGUCCAUUGGAGUUUCCAGUUAGUACAGCACAGGAAGGAUGGAUAAGUUCUUUAGUUUGUUUUGGAUCUUUAAUGGCAUCUCCAGUAGCUGGGCCAUUGGCUGGAAGAAUUGGUCGAAAGCUUACUCUUCUUUCGAGUUCUAUAUUUUUCACAGCUUCGUACAUCCUUCUGAUGGUUGGAGGAACAAUUCCAGCAGUGUAUGUUGCACGAUUAUUUCAGGGCCUAGCAUCAGGAAUUUCAGCGACCGUUAUGCCAAUGUAUAUUGGAGAAAUAGCAACCGAUGAUUGCCGUGGAGCUGUAGGAUCCCUGAUGACUUUGCUUAUGGCAGCCGGUAUUCUCUACGUCUACAUCAUUGGACCCUUCGUUAGCUACAUAACACUUCAGUGGUGCUGCAUAGUCAUGCCAAUCACCUUUUUCGCAACCUUCAUUUUUAUGCCUGAAAGCCCAUACUAUUACGCAAUAAAGGGACAAACGAAGAAAGCACGUAACGCCCUUCAGUUCCUCCGAGGGCAAAGUGCCAAGGCUGUGGAAGAGGAAUUGCACGAAAUUCAAGUAUCUGUGGACAAAGACAUGUCAAACACCGGAACUCUGCUGGACAUUUUCCAAAGUCGAGGCUACCGGAAGGCUCUACUCAUUUGUGGUGGUUUGCUGAUGUUCCAGCAGUUCAGUGGAACAACAGCUGUCUUAUUUAACAGUCAAUCGAUUUUCAGCGCUGCCAAUUCAGCACUUGAUCCUGCUUUGGCCACAAUAAUCAUGGGUUUUGUUCAACUUGCAGGCAAUCUCCUCACUCCAUUUGUGGUCGAACGAACUGGACGAAAGAUGAUACUUCUCACCUCAGCAACCGGAAUGUGUGUGGCCCUUCUGGGACUGGGAACAUUCUUUUAUGUUCAGACUUUUGGUGAUCCUUCGAGCAUCCUUUGGAUUCCAAUUCCAGCUUUAUUGUCUUUCAAUGCGUUUUAUGCAUUUGGAUUUGGUCCGAUUCCAUGGGCUAUAGUUGGUGAAAUGUUCCCAUCCAAUAUCAAGCCGGUUGCCACAUCUUUCGUUUCGGUGAUAACAUCACUUGUGUCUUUCAUAGUAACACGAUGGUAUCCAGAAUUAAAUGCCCUAGGAUCUUAUUAUGCUUUCUGGUUCUUCGGAUUUUGUUGUAUUUUAGCAUUUUUAUUUACUGUCUUGGUGGUAAUAGAAACAAAGGGGUUAAGUUUGGAGACAAUUCAAGCCAAAUUGCAUUCGAGAAGACGACCGGUUGAAAAUUCAAGCGGGUCAAAUAGUUAAGUUUAAAGUAUUGUACAAUUAUUUAUAAUAAUUUAGAUUUUAAAUAGAAUUCCUGAAUGUUUUUAAAUGUUAAUCCUGUAGUAAGAAAUGUUUAUAUAUUUAUUUAAAUUUAAUUUGUUUCUAAAUUUAGAUAAUUUCAAUUUCCAAAGACUUAAUUUGUAUUUAAUAAUAAGUUGCGCUUCAAAUUUUCAAAAUAAUGUAACAGUUGUUUAUUUUGAUAGUAAUAAAUAUUUAAAAAAAAAAAACACUAGCUGACCCGACCACGCGUUGCUGUGGCUAACGUUAUUUGUCAUAUUACGUGGUUGUAAACUAUUUAAGGGGAACGGUAGGAAAACACCAGACAUGGGCACCACCACUCUUUUUUAUAUACUACCUACUACCUUUACCUCUUAUUAUAAUGAAACUAUAAGAUAUUUAUGAACGAAGACAGAAACGUUAAAGUUUGUAUAUACGUUUACUGGUUUGAAACUUGAAGGGGACUUUGAACAAAAUAUAUCAAUGUAAUUAACUAAA